CCCACGCGCUCGGUCAGUGUUUUUUUUCCCGCCCCCCCUGCAGUUGUCAAGUCGGAGCCGUGUUGGGAAAUGGGCAAACCCCGGUGAACACGCCGUCCUGCCGCACCGACGCUCCGCGGGACUCGAACCUGGAGGGUGACGCCAGCGGAACAUGGUAGCCUUCCGAUUUCGAAUCUAAGCCAGAAGAGCGACCCGAGCACACAUUUCCUCCAUCUACCAGAGUUUUCCUGAACUGAAAAACGCCUCCAGGAUUAUCAGAGCCAGAGAACGUCUCAGAAGGAGAUCAUCAUGGCCAAUAACAUGGUGGACCACCCUCCUGGAAACUCAGUUGCUGAAGGCAACCACGAUGGAGAUUUUGGGAUCUCCAUGGAAGACCUGAAGAACCUCAUGGAGCUGCGCAGCUCUGAGGCUGUCAACAAGAUCCAGGAGAGAUUCGGGGAUGUGCAGAGUAUAUGCCGCCGCCUGAAGACGUCACCGAUAGAAGGUCUGUCUGGAAACCCUGUUGAUUUAGAGAAACGCCACACUACGUUUGGCAAGAACUUCAUCCCCCCGAAGAAGCCCAAGACCUUCCUGCAGCUGGUGUGGGAGGCUCUGCAGGACGUCACGCUCAUCAUCUUGGAAGUCGCUGCAAUCAUCUCACUCGGCCUGUCCUUCUACCACCCACCAGGGGGCGACAGCGAAUCAUGCGGCCAAGCGGCGGGCGGCGUGGAAGACGAGGGGGAGGCGCAGGCUGGCUGGAUCGAGGGGGCCGCCAUCCUGUUCUCGGUCAUCAUCGUGGUCCUGGUCACGGCCUUCAACGACUGGUCCAAAGAGAAGCAGUUCCGCGGGCUGCAGAGCCGCAUCGAGCAGGAGCAGAAGUUCACCGUCAUCCGCAAAGGUCAAGUCAUCCAGAUCCCAGUGGCAGAGAUCGUGGUGGGAGACAUCGCCCAGAUCAAAUACGGAGACCUGCUGCCCGCCGACGGGAUUCUGAUCCAAGGAAACGACCUGAAGAUCGACGAGAGCUCUCUGACAGGAGAGUCUGACCAGGUCCGGAAGUCUCUGGAGAAGGACCCCAUGCUGCUGUCCGGGACGCAUGUGAUGGAGGGCUCAGGCAGGAUGGUGGUGUCCGCCGUCGGCCUCAACUCUCAAACGGGGAUCAUCUUCACUCUGCUGGGCGCCAGCGAGCACGACGAAGAGAAGAAGGUCAAGAAAAGUAAAAAACAAGGACCCCCCGAAAAUCGCAACAAAGCCAAAACUCAGGACGGCAUCGCUCUGGAGAUCCAGCCGCUGAAGAGCGAGGAGGCUGCGGAGCUGGAGGACAAGGAGGAGAAGGAGGAGGUCAAAGAGGUCAAGAAGGUCAACGUGACGAAGAAGGAGAAGUCUGUGCUGCAGGGCAAGCUGACCCGGCUGACGGUGCAGAUCGGCAAAGCUGGACUCUUCAUGUCUGCCAUGACCGUCAUCAUCCUAAUCCUCUACUUCGUGAUCGACACCUUUUGGGUCCAGGGCCGCAGCUGGGUGGCAGAGUGUACGCCCAUCUACAUCCAGUACUUUGUGAAGUUCUUCAUCAUCGGCGUGACGGUGCUGGUGGUGGCGGUUCCCGAAGGCCUCCCGCUCGCCGUCACCAUCUCCUUGGCGUAUUCGGUCAAGAAAAUGAUGAAAGAUAAUAACCUGGUGCGCCACCUGGAUGCCUGCGAGACCAUGGGCAACGCCACGGCCAUCUGCUCCGAUAAGACCGGCACUCUGACCAUGAACCGCAUGACCGUCGUCCAGGCCUACAUCGGAGAUACGCACUACAAAACCGUCCCAGAACCGGACGCCAUCAAACCAGAAACACUAGAAACCUUGGUCAACAGCAUCUCCAUCAACUCGGCGUACACCACCAAGAUCCUGCCCCCAGAGAAAGAGGGCGGUCUUCCUCGCCACGUGGGCAACAAGACGGAGUGCGCUCUGCUGGGUCUGGUGCUGGAGCUGAAACGAGACUAUCAGCCAAUCAGAGAAGAGAUCCCCGAAGAGAAACUCUACAAAGUUUACACCUUCAACUCCUCCCGCAAGUCCAUGAGCACGGUCCUGAAAAACGCCGACGAGAGCUUCCGCAUGUACAGCAAAGGAGCGUCAGAGAUCGUCCUGAGGAAGUGUUCCCACAUCCUGGACGCUCAGGGUCAGCCUCGCGUGUUCAAGCCCAAGGACCGAGACGAGAUGGUGCGGAAGGUGAUCGAGCCCAUGGCGUGCGACGGCCUGAGGACCAUCUGCGUGGCCUACAGGGACUUUCCCGCCGAGGCCGGGGAGCCCAACUGGGACAACGAGAACGACAUCCUGAACGAGCUGACCUGCAUCGCGGUGGUGGGCAUCGAGGACCCCGUCAGACCCGAGGUCCCAGAGGCCAUUACUAAGUGCCAGCGUGCUGGAAUUGAUGUCCGGAUGGUGACUGGAGACAACAUCAACACGGCUCGGGCCAUCGCUACCAAGUGUGGCAUCCUGCAGCCGGGGGAGGACUUCCUGUGUCUGGAGGGAAAGGAGUUCAACCAGCAGAUCAGGAACGACAAAGGAGAGGUGGAGCAGGAACGUCUCGACAAGAUCUGGCCCAAGCUGCGUGUUCUGGCCCGUUCUUCGCCGACCGACAAGCACACUCUGGUGAAAGGAAUCAUCGACAGCACGGUGGGAGAAACCCGACAGGUGGUGGCGGUGACGGGAGACGGUACUAAUGAUGGCCCCGCCCUCAAGAAAGCAGAUGUUGGCUUCGCCAUGGGAAUCGCGGGCACGGAUGUUGCAAAAGAGGCGUCCGACAUCAUCCUGACAGACGACAACUUCACCAGCAUCGUGAAGGCUGUGAUGUGGGGCAGGAACGUCUACGACAGCAUCUCCAAGUUCCUGCAGUUCCAGCUGACGGUCAACGUGGUGGCUGUGAUCGUGGCCUUCACAGGUGCAUGCAUCACACAGGACUCUCCCCUGAAGGCGGUCCAGAUGCUUUGGGUCAACCUCAUCAUGGACACUCUGGCCUCUCUGGCGCUGGCCACCGAGCCCCCCACGGAGUCCCUCCUCCUGCGGAAACCCUACGGCAGAGACAAGCCUCUGAUCUCCAGGACCAUGAUGAAGAACAUCCUGGGUCACGGCGUCUUUCAGCUCAUCAUCAUCUUCACGCUCCUCUUCGCUGGUGAGAAGCUGUUUGACAUCGACAGCGGCCGUAACGCUCCUCUGCACUCGCCGCCGUCUGAACACUACACCAUCGUCUUCAACGUCUUCGUCAUGAUGCAGCUGUUCAACGAGAUCAAUGCCAGGAAGAUCCACGGAGAGAGAAACGUGUUUGAGGGCGUCUACAGGAACCCCAUCUUCUGCAGCGUUGUGCUGGGAACCUUCGCUCUGCAGAUCAUCAUCGUGCAGUUCGGAGGGAAGCCGUUCUCCUGCACGGCGCUCACCAUCGACCAAUGGCUGUGGUGCAUCUUCAUCGGCGUCGGCGAGCUGCUGUGGGGACAGAUGGAUGUGGUCUAUACCUUCCAGACGGGCCAGGCGGCGGUCCCUGGCGCCCUGCGCCGCCAGCCGUCUGUCGUCAGCCAGCACAAUGAUGCCACUGCUGCCAAAACUCUCUCUAGCCCCACCCACGUAGGGCUUAGCUCCUCCUCCUCUCUCACCAACUCGGCUGGGGCUCCGCCCCCAGCUGCUGCUUCCUCCUCCUCUGCAGGCAAUUAAGGUGGUCAACGCCUUCCGGAGCCCCCUGGAGAGCCCUCAUUUCCGCAGCUCCAUCCACGACUUUAUGGUUCUUUCUGAGUUUUCGCAUCAGCCGGACAAAGAGGAGUCCACCUGCAUCUCCAUCCAGGAGACCGACG